AUGGGGAGUCAAUGCCGUAUGGAAGCAGAAGUGAGGCAUAUAAAAAGUGCUACUACCUUAUCACAUCUAACAGCUGAGCAAGCGCUUGCUGAUUUUGCAGUACUGAUCACUGAGCUGAAACGAAAUUUGUCUGCUGAGGCUUGCCCUGUCGUUUUAUUUGGUGGAUCAUAUGGUGGAAUGUUAGCUGCAUGGAUGAGGCUCAAAUACCCCCAUAUUGCCAUCGGCGCGCUAGCUGCUUCGGCACCAGUGCUUCAAUUUGAGGAUCUUGUGCCAACAGAAACAUUUUAUGACAUUGUCUCCAAUGAUUUCAAGCGUGAGAGUAUGAGCUGCUUUAACACUAUAAAAGAUUCAUGGGAUGCAAUUACUUAUGAGGGUCAAAAAAAUGAUGGUCUUCAGCGACUCAGUAAGAUUUUCCACUUUUGUCGGAAGCUCGAAAUAGCUGAAGAUCUUUCUGACUGGUUGGAUUCUGCUUAUAGUUAUUUGGCCAUGACAGACUACCCAUAUCCUACUGACUUCGUGAUGCCUUUACCUGGGAACCCAAUAAAAGAGGUGUGUAGAAAGAUUGACAGUUGUCCUGAUGGAACCAGUGUUUUGGAGCGCAUAUUUGAAGGAAUAAGUGUCUUUUAUAAUUAUACCGGAGCAGUUGACUGCUUUGAACUGGAUGAUGAUCCUCAUGGCAUGGAUGGUUGGAACUGGCAGGCAUGCACUGAGAUGAUUAUGCCAUUGUCUAGUAGCAAGGACACAAGCAUGUUUUCUCCAUAUGAUUAUAAUUACACUUCUAACCAAGAGUGGUGCUGGAAGAAUUUCCAUGUCAAACCAAGGCCUUCAUGGAUCACUACAGAAUUUGGUGGACAUGAUUUCAAGAGUGCCUUGAAAAUGUUUGGAAGUAACAUCAUAUUCUCCAAUGGCCUAUUGGAUCCUUGGAGUGGUGGCAGUGUUCUGGAGGAUGUAUCUGAGACUAUUGUUGCUCUUCUUACAGAGAACGGUAACUCUAUAAUUACGUAUCAUUUUUCAUUUUUGGCGUUGAAGUCAUAA